CAACAAAGCGUCGUGCACAUUUCAUCUUCCCUCGCAUAUUAUUCUCUAUCCAGUUGACCGAUUAAUUACCGCAACAAUCAUCCACAAUGGCGUCCCCGAUUCCUCUGUGGGGCAGUGAGCACGAGCUCCUCCUCGAACUCAAGGCGGACCGCGUCGACGAACUCCGACAGUUUGCCUUUCAGCAUGAAGGCAAGCCGCUUCCACAGCCCUGGCAGGGCUGGGACUUUGAUAUCACAACCGAUGCCAACGAGAGCGUUGCCGACGUCAAGGACAAAAAGGUCAGCCAGCGCAAUCGGCUCCACCGCGCUGUCAAGAACCUUCUGGGUGAAGCCGGAGUCACCAUGGAUGACGGCGUGAUCGAGUUUGGUGGUUGGUCAGUCGUGGAUGACGAGUCUCUGGACGAGGCGCAGGCGCCGUCCAAGCACUACUGGCGCAUCGAGAUCGUUUCCCGCCCCAUCAGAGCCGACGAGGACUGGAAGGAAGAGGUGCAGCUUGUGUACGAGACGCUGAGCGAAUACUUCAAUAUCAGGGUCAACAACUCGUGCUCCAUGCACGUCCACGUCACGCCAGGCACGAGCACCGUCUACCCCUACUACACCAAGGAGCAGAUCGCCGACGUGGCCUGCGGCACGUGCUACUGGGAGAAUCCGCUGCACACCAUCAUGCCCAAGGACCGCAAGGAGAAUCCCUACGCCGUGGCCAACACGACGCACAUCCCUAACCUCAUGAAGCGCUACGGCGAGUUCUACGCCGCCGGCUCGACUAAGAAGUGGGCCCACGUGUUCGGGCCCUUCCUGACGGCCAGGACCCGGUCGGUGCUGCACGUCGUCGACCUCAUGUACGGCAACAAGGACCGCGUCACGCCGCCCAAGAAGGAGCACCCCAAUGACUACAACAAGUACAUGUCGACCAACUUCUGCAACAUCCAGGCCACGUGCGGCACCGUCGAGUUCCGCCGCCAGGGGGGCGCCAGCUCGCACGAGCAGGCUAACAAGCAGAUCAUCUUCGCGCUCGCUAUGCACGUCAGCAUGCUGCAAGAGAACUGGACGACUAAGGGCGGCCUCAACGCCAAGCCGACGCCGCAGGACUUCAUCAACGAGCUGAUGGCGGGCAUGACCCGGCUGCCCACGCAGAGCCGCCACGAGGGCUUCAAGGCCUGGCUCGACGGCAUGCUCACCGCCAACCGCAGCGCGAUCCCCGGCAAGCUGUCCGACACCGAGGUCGCGAAGAUCAACAAAAUCCAGCAGAAGCACCUGUACAUCCCGAGCGCCUUUGCCACGACCGGCAUCCACUCACGCCCCGGCACGCCCGUGCAGCCCGGCAGCCCCCUGCAGGCCCCCGCCCAGUGGCCCAUUGACAUCGAGCUCGAUCCCUGGGCCGGCUAUCAGUCUUGAGCUGGCUUAUUUCAUGAUCUGCCAACGGCAGGUUCCAUUCGGGUUUUCUUUUCUUCAUAUUGACACGCACCGCCCAGACUGGCUCCGGGGGGGGGCGUGCUUGUUCUCUCUGUCAAGACCUGUCCUAUUCAUGGAGUUGCUUGCUGCAGGUGUGCACAUGAUUAGUGUCAAAAGGGGGGUGGCGGUGAAACAGGGGUCGUGUUGACACGGCUCAGGGGACAGAACAGCGGAAAGGUUGAAUUAUUCUGAGCCGAGAUUUUUUCUCAUCCCCUGGUGGGCGGGACAAGGAAGAAUCUAGCCUAGGUCACACAAGCUCGAUCAGAUACUAUACAUAUUCAAGAUAGGUCUGGCACUUAUCAACUCAUUGCAAGGUCACCCAACGUCCAACUGACAUGGCUCGGGUUGCGCCAUUGUUUCUCUAGUUGCUGUGCCCUUAAUUCUCAAACUUUUAGCUAA